UUUAGACUUCGAGGAAACACCGGCUGACGUAAAUUGACAUCGCUUUGUUAGGUGGCGCUUUUUUUUUUUUUUUUUUUAAAGUUUAAUUAAAUUUAGUUUAAUGUGACGCCAGAGGAAGAGGCAGAGUUUGUUCAAGAAGUUUCUCACUUCUCUUCAAACAAUGGCGUGCGAAGGAAACGGUAUGUCAGAUGAGAGGAUCGGGGAAGCCCUGAUCAAAGAGCAGAAGUUCUUCCAAGCCAAAGACAAGGAAGCAGGACUGCUGUGUAUGAGGCUCGGGUCAUUGUAAACAAGUCAGAGAACUACGUCCUCACAGCGAUUGUACCUGCAUGACAGCAGUCAUAGAGGAAGAGCUGAAGGAUGUGCCCUCGGAGGACAUCCCGCCUCUCACUCCACUGACUGAGGUGAAGACCGAACAGGAGAAGAAGAUGGUCAUGCAGCUGAGCAAAAUGAUCCGUAUCAUCGGUGACAGAGUGCAGGAUGACAAGGAGUUCCAGGAUGUGAUAGAUGGUGUGGCUUCUGCCCCUGGCUCCAAAUCAGACAAUUUUCGGCAAGUGGCAAACAAAGUGUUUGCAGAUGGAAUCACCUGGGAGAAGAUCGCUGUGCUCAUCUAUGUGGCUGGCAGGCUUGCUGUUAAGAUGGUGGAGGCUCGUCUCCCGCAGUCUGUCAGAGAGGUCCUUUCCUGGACGGUGAGCUUCUUCAGAAACAACCUACUGAGCUGGGUUCAGGAACAUGGAGGAUGGAUCAACAGUUUCUCAGAGCUGGCGGUUGUGUCCAUGCAGAGCGUGUCAGUGAGCUCUCACAGCUAUGGCCUCAUCAUCAUCUUCAUCGCUGGCAUGGCUAUAGGAAGUUUGAUCACCUGGAGGCUAAGCAGACAGUCCUGAGGCUGACACACACACAAACACGUGUACUCAGGACUGGCGUCUCUGGAUUCAGCCAUCUUUGUGUGACCACUUACUGUCUUUAUCAGUGCUGACUUUUUGGGGAGGGGUUUUAGUUUUUAAAUGUGUCUUAAGUACUUAACUCUUCUUUUCAAUGUUUUCUGAUGUCAUCUAUGCAAGGAAACAUUAAAAUCCACAAACAGCA